CAUGUUUGCUUUUUGCUUUAUUUUCUUCUUUCUAUUUUUCACGCUGCUUUCCAAAUUUUUCUUAACAUGCAGAAUUCAAAGACCCACAAGGGAGAUUAUGGUUACAAAGAUAGAACAUCUUCCACAAGAAUCACUAUCCAACAUUCUAUCUAGGUUACCAGCGAAAGAAUUGUUGAAGACCAGGUUUGUUUGCAAAUCAUGGUUCAAUCUCAUAACCGAUCCUCAUUUUAUUAACGAUUACUAUGUUUUUUACAACAAUCUUAUUUACUCUCAAAAUCAAGAGGAGAAACUCUUGGUUAUUCACAGACCGUUUAUUUCCGGUGUGGAAACUUUUAUUUCUCUUCUUUCUUGGAAUUUCAGUGAUCCUGAGAAACAUGUUUCUUCUUCUCUUGUAAAACUUCCGGAUGAAUACAUUUCAGAUCAUAAAUAUUGGACUGAAAUAAUGGGUCCAUGUAAUGGUAUUUACUUUCUACAAGGAUAUCCAAAUUUCAUGAUGAACCUUUCUCUUAAACAGUUCAAGGCUUUGCCUGAAUCCCAUGUAACAGAUUCAUAUGGAACUUAUUCUCUCACUGAAUUUGCUGGAUUUGGAUUUGAUCCUAAAAAUAAUGACUAUAAAGUUGUUUUCUUAAAAGACGUUUGGUUGAGGAAAACAGAUGAAAGACAAAAAGGGUGUUGGAAUGCUGAGUUAUACAGUCUUAAUUCCAACUCUUGGAGAAAGCUUGAUGCUCAAAAUCUCCCUCUUCCAAUUGAAAUUUCGAGUUCUUGUUCUCAGGUUUAUACUUAUAUGAAAAAUUGUUGUCAUUGGUGGGGUUAUGUUGAGAAGUAUGGUUGCGGAAUAGAAGAUGUUGUUUUAGCCUUUAACAUGGUUGAUGAAUCAUUUAGAAAGAUAAAAGUGCCUAAAUUAGAGUAUUCUAACUCUAUUUCUUCAGUUGAAUGUUUUAAAACAUUGGUACCUUUUCACGAAUCUGAUACUAUUGGUGUCGUAGUUUAUCCUGUAAGAGGAAUAGAGAAAUGUUUUGAUGUUUGGAUGAUGAAGGAUUAUUGGGAUGAAGAGUCUUGGAUUAAGCAAUACAGUGUUGGACCUGUGCCUAUGAUUUCAAAGUUUGUUGGAAUCUAUGGGAGCAGUGGAUUUCUUUGGAUAGAUACAAAUGAAAGGUUGGUAUUGUAUGAGUCUGAGAUACAAAAUACAAUGGAUAUUCAUGACUAUGAAAAACAUGAUUCAAUAAGAGCAGUUAGUUACAUGGAAAGUCUUGUUUUGAUUGAAAGGGGAAGAGAAAGAAGUCAUCAAUAUUUUUUAUGUAGAUUGGUUCAGAUCAUCUACAGAUGUUUUAUUUGUAUGAAGUUUUUUCUUUCCUUUUUUUAUUUCAAGAAAUACAUUGAGUAACAACAUAAAUGUUUUUGAUUCCCAUGUGAACAGUGAACAGAAUGAAUUGAAGUGGGACCAGAAACAUUUGACUGUGAUUACCGUAAUAAUAAUGAUAAAGAUGACAACUACAUAUAAAAAUAUUUAUUUUAUAGUUAGUUGUCUUGUAAAAUGACAUCAAUAGUUGGCCGUGACACCAUUAUUUUUCUGGUUGAAAAUAAAUUCCGGUGUUUUGUAUGAGUUUUCAAAAGGUUUUUGUUUCAUCACCACGAGAUUAUUAGACAGUCCCUGGUUCUUGUUUUAUUCUCAUAAUUAGAGGGCCUCAUAGCUUUGGUCAAAAGGAGGUAUCGUUAGAUACCGGACUCAUUCAACGACUGGGGAAAGAUUGGAGGAAACAAAACAACAAAGCUCAACAACAGAAAAGCUGAAACCACGACGUCGUAACAAACCAACGUGGACCCGCGAUUUUAUUAUGGCAAUGCUAAAAUAAAAGAACUAUUUAGUAAAGACUUCUUGGAGUUUGGCACUGACUCAAAGAGUGCUCUUAAUAUUCUCGUAACAGAGCCCCAGACUUUUGAUACCUUGAAAAUUUUCAGAAAAAAAAGGUAUUCAAACUUCACUGAGUAGUUUACAUCCUUGUUGAUCAUUCACAUA